AACAAGUCGUCAACGUGUAUUUUUGCGUGGAGCCGUCAGCCGUACGAAAGAAUUAUUUUCUAGUUUUAAAAUGACAAUUUUAGAGUUUUAAAAUGAGUGAAAAGUAAUGAAUUUUAUCGUAACAAGUGUUUAAGUUUAUUGGACUGUAAAUAGCAUUUGUAAUGGUAUUCUAAAACUGGAUUUCACAAGUCAAAAUCAUGGUUUUGUUAGGAAAUGAAGAGUUCUUGACAGAGUUAUCGAAGCUAUUCCAAAAGGCUCGAACAUCGGGAUCUGUAACUAUGACUAUGAAAAGAUAUGAUGGUAGAACGAAACCUCAUCCACGGGAUGGCACACCAGCAGUCAAAGACCCAGAGUACAAAUGUCUUGUGAGAGCACAAUCCCGGAGCAAAAAAAUAUCAACAGUCAUAGAGCAGGGAGAUGUGGAAAAGUUCACUAUGGCCUACUCAAAUCUAUUGAAAACUAGUGUCAAUGGGCUCAAACGUUUAAAGAAGCCUAAGAAAAAGGCAAUGGCUGCUCAGUAAUGUUAUCUAUGGUCAAUAUAAGAGACUGAAGCAAUAUAAUUAGUAUUUAUAUGAUGUGAAGUGUUGUGAGUGUUACAGAUUGUGUCAAAUAUUUAGUAUACAUAGAUUUCAAGUAAGCCUACAAAAUUCAUAGUAAGCAGGUCCUUUAAAACUCGAAUUUGUACUGAAUGGUUUUAGCAGCAGAAACUGCUGGCUGUACCCAGAGUUUCUUUUCAUCCUAUCAUUAAUUUUUAAAUAAUGUCUAAUGUCUAUUGUUAUUGAUUCUUUCCCUACUAUAUCUGCUUUAAGGUUAUAAACUGAUAAUGAAAUUUGUUUCAUAAUAACUUACAAAUGUAAAAAGGCAAUGAAAUUACUUUUUUACUUCUGGUAACACUGGUAACACUGUGGUAAUUAGAUGUUUGACACAACCUGUGCAGUUAAAUCUGUGUGCGUCAAGUUCCAUUGAAGUGUGCUCUUCGCUCUGUGAGAUGAAGAGUUGGAGUCUUGUAUGUAACUGGUGAUGACCGACUGAUGCUUUGAAAUUUUACAUCUAGCAACAUUUAUGUCAAGAAUCUAUGGUUGCCAUUUUUGUGGCAAGAUGAUUAAUUUGAUGAAUUUAGACCUAAAUACAAUGAGUUAUUUAUUUUAUUUUUUUAUAUAAUGAUUAUUAGGUCUUGUUUUCUCUGUUGAAGGGUUUCAAGAUUCAGUUGCAUGUAAAUAUCCAACAAAAUAAAUGAGUGUUGCUAGAUGUGAAACAUGCUUCUACUGGUCUAACUGUCCAUGCACCACAUUUUUUAUAUAAAGUAAAUACAUUUUAUCAAAUAAAUACUACUGGUUCUUA